AGGGCCAGUGAAGGGGAAGGAAGGGGAGGGACAGCACUGGCCUAUGAAACAAACGCUAGGCUCUUUGCAAAUCUGAAGCCAGCAGUCAGGCCUGAAGACCCUCGGUGCGGCUCAUUCCAGACUUCUGACUCCACAGGGCUGCUAGCCUUGUGGGAGAACUCAUCUGCCAGAAGACCUGGGGUGCUGAGGAGCUGUAACCAGGCCAAGAGCUGCCUCUGAGCUGAGAAACACCGCUCCGCUUUCUACUCUGCUGCCCGAGACAACCACAUCCUCCUCACACACCCCAGGGCUCCCAUGGAGACCUCAGGUCAGUGUGGUGCGGGGAGAGGGCCUGGGAGCCUGGCUGCUGAGCGAGGAGCCCCUGUGGUGGGAGGGCACACUCCCAGGGCUGGCAGGGCCACCUGCACCCAGCCCGGCUGUGAGAGCCCACCUCACCUGCUCAGCUGUGAGAACGUCUUGAACGAUUCACAUCCACACUCAUGCAUAAGCUCAGCUGCUUGCAACUCACUGCCUGGGUGGGGAACAUAAUGACAAGAAUAGCUAAGGUUUAUUACCAGAUACCUGAGUAAUAAAAGGAGUAAUAAAAACACUUGAAAAAUAUUAACGGACGUAGUCUUCAUAAUGACCCCAGAGAUAGGCAUUAUUAUUACUUUCAUUUUGCCAAGAGGAAACUGAUGCACGAUGAGGGAAAGUUUUUUCUCCUAGGUCACACAGACACGGUACGAUCAAAGCAGGGUUUGAACUGAGGAACUUAGAAACAACAUCCAUACUCUUAAAGAUUCUGCUGCACAUUUCCUCAGGGAGCAGAAGGAGUCUGUACUGUAGGAAUGCUGUUACAAUGAUCUUGCUUUCAUAGAUGGUAAUCUAGGGCUCAGACAGGUUAUAUAUACUCGAUGGCACACAGCUAGUAUGCGGAAACUUGAACAGGAACCCCAAGGAGCUGAUUCCAAAGUCUCAGUGCUUCACUUUGUGUCACCCCAGGACAGGGACCGAUGAUUCUCCCCACAAAUGUGUGUCACCUAAUAAUCACACAGCAAGUCAAAGACCACUCCUGGGGGGCACAGACUGUUAUCCUCUCGAAGAUCCCUGUCCUAAGAAGGAGAAGGAACCUCUUAGGCGAGAACCAUCCCAUAUACACGUGGACCCACAUAGACAUUGUAUGAACCAACAGUAGCGAACAUCAUCUUUGUCCAAUGUUCAUUCCUGUGCAUACCCUUCCACCACCAGGACAGGCGGGAGCAUGGCUGGGGACAAGCCAUCCUGACACUGAAUUCUUCUUGCACUCAGGAGAGAUGGUCUCUAAGUCAGCAUCUCGUCACUUGACUCUCCUGUCCAAUAGAUAAAUCAUAUGGGUCUCCAAACGGAUCCCCCAAAGCAACUGUUCUCACCCAUGCUGCACAUCAGAAGCUCCUGGGGAACGAUUUUUAAAAUUCAGUGAUUUGGCUCCACCCUCAGAGAUCUAAUAUGAGGGGGCUGGGGUGUAGAUUGUUGGUAGACUUUAAAGCUUUCCAGGGCUUCUAAUGUGCACAUACAAGUGGGAACUAGCCGAAAAGUGAAACACCCUUGGGAAAGUCAGAGGGAGGAGUCCGUUUGGGGUCGCGGGGCAAUGGAGAGUUGGGACUGCCAGACCCUGAGACUGAUUCAAAAGAUCUGAAGUCGAGGCACAGACCCUGAGCUCUCAGGGUCCUGCGUGGUUGGGAUGUUGCUGGCCUUUUUUCCUCUCUCUCUUAUUGUGUCUUUAGCUGUAAUACCGUGUGAGCUCUGGGACUUUUGUUUCAGACAGCGUCAUCAGGAGGUCUCAUUAAUCCACCUCAUACUCCAGCUGCUCACGCGGUGUCACCCGGAAACCCUGUUAGGUCUUUUCCCAGUAAGCAGACAAAUGGUUCCAGGGAAAAACGCAGCUUUCAAGAAAGAGCCUUUGAACUGAAGCUCUGUUUCAACAGUUCUGUGGCCAUGCAGAGCUGGACCUCCAGAGGAGCGUGCAAGCUGUGCUCCGGGAGCUCAGUGCUCAGGCCCCUGCCCUACAGAGCAACCAGGGCAUGUGGAGAUGGUCCCUGCACAAGAAGGUAGAACGAGACCCCAGGAGGAACCCAGCGCUGGUCCAGAUUCUGCUCAGAGAGCUGGAGAAGGCAGUGAGCGAGGACCUCUGGCACAUCAUCAUCCCCCUGCUGCACACCCUGAUGUACGUGCUCACUAAGGCCACAGGCAUCACAGAGGAGCUCUACCGCAAAACUUACGCCUUCUGCACCAGGUUACUGACCCUGCCCACCCCUUACUGCACGGUUGCCUUGGACUGUGCCAUAAGGCUGAAAACAGAGAUAGCGGUCCCAGGAACGCUGUACCAGAGGACGGUCCUUGCAGAACAAAGCUUGAUGAAUGAACUGUAUCCCUACCAGGAGAGAGUGUUCCUCUUCGUGGAUCCCGAGCUGGUGUCUGCCUCGGUGUGCAGUGCCCUGCUGCUAGAGAUUGAGGCGGCCCAGGGGCAACAGACACCUGAGGCCUGCAUGCGCCACGUAGUGUCCCAUGCCCUGCAGGCCGCUCUGGGGGAGGCCUGUCACCCCGGUGCUCUGCACAGGAAACUGCAGACCAGCUCCCGCCGUGUCCUGGAGCACUAUUUCCACGCCGUGGUGGCUGCGGUGGAGCAGAUGGCAGGCGAGGCCAGCCCAAGCCGCGCAGGACACCUGGAGAAGCUGGAGGAAAUUUACUGCUCGCUGCUGGGGCCGGCGGCCGCCAGGAGGGGGCGCUGCGGCAGUGACCUUCUCCAGGACCAGCCGCCAAGCAUCCCCCUGCCCAGUCCCUACAUCACCUUCCACCUGUGGACUGACCAGGAGCAGCUCUGGAAGGAACUGGUGCUCUUCCUCCGGCCACAGUCGCAGCUGCGCCUCAGUGCUGACUUGGAGGCCUUGGAUCUGCAGGGACUUGGGCCAGACCGGGACAUGGCCCGGGUGUCCAUGCUGUCCACAGACAGCGGUAUCGAGCGGGACCUUCCUUUGGGGGCCGACGAACUCCCUACCCCCAGCAGCCCUGAGAUGGAUCGAGCCGGGCUGCAGCGCAAGGGGGGCAUCAAGAAGCGCAUGUGGCCCCCAGAUUUCCCCAUGCCUGGCAGCUGGGACGGGCCCCCAGGGCUGCACCGGAGGACGGGCAGGCCCAGCGGGGACGGAGAGCUGCUGCCCGGGGUGUCCCGGGUGCACACGGCCCGGGUGCUGGUGCUAGGGGACGACAGGAUGCUGGGGCGCCUGGCCCAGGCCUACCACAGACUCAGGAAACGGGAGACCCAGAAAUUCUGCCUCACCCCCAGACUCAGCCUGCAACUGUACUACAUCCCAGUGCUGGCCCCCCAGGAGCCCGGAGCGUCCAGGCCACCUGAGCUAGGCGAGCUGGCCACCUUCCUGGGCCGCGCGGACCCUUGGUACGAGACCACUGUCAACACCCUGUGUCCCGCCAUCCACAAACUGGCUCAGAUGCCGCUCUGUCUAGACACAACCCAGACGGUGGACCCGUUCAUCCUUGAUGUCAUCACCUACUAUGUCCGCAUGGGCACCCAGCCGAUCUAUUUCCAGAUCUACACAGUCAAGAUCUUCAGUGACCUGAGCCAGGACUGUGUAGAGGACAUUUUCCUUACUGAGCUGAAAGUGAAGGUCCAGGACUGCAAAUCCCCCAAACUGGGCAGUUCGCCACGAAGGAGAGGGGUCACAGGUGCUGAGAGCCCAGGUGCUGAGCUUUCCAUCUGCUACCAGAAGGCUCUGCUCAGCCACCGGCCCCGAGAGGUCACUGUCUCCCUGAGGGCCACCGGGCUGGUCCUGAAGGCCAUUCCAGACAGUGACACUGAAGGGUCCCCCGACUGUCUCCCAGCUGCUGCUCCUGUUACGACUCACACGUGUCUGAAUGUCAGCGUGACAGAGGUCGUCAAGUCUUCCAACCUGGCAGGAAGGUCCUUUUCUACAGUGACAAACACCUUCCGCACCUCCAGCAUCCAGAUUCAGAGCCAGGACCAGAGGCUGCUGAUGCUACUGCUCGACAAGGAUGAUCGGCGCACUUUCAGGGAUGUGGUCAGAUUUGAAGUGGGCCCGUGCCCAGAGCCGUGUUCGAGGACCCAGAAGUCCAAGAUGUCAUGCCUCAACUCAUAUGGACAGAAGGAGAUGGAAACAACCCAAGCUACAUCCAAACCCCUUCUAAUGCCCAUCAAUACAUUCUCCGGUAUCAUCCAGUGAGCCCACCGGGAUAGCUGGACCCAAGGGUAGCGGGUCCAAGAGGAAUGAAAUACUACCCCACAAAACCCCUGACACUCACACUGACAGCCAGAGCAAGCUCAGUCCACGGGGCGUCUCUGGCUUUGCCUAGGAGACAGCGAGAGCCUGGGAGCCCAGGGAGCCUGGCUGUGCAGGUGGUGAGAGAGGAGGACCCAUAUCAAGGCCGGAAGAUCACACAGGCAAAGCAGUGGCUCCAUGAGAGAUGCACACAGCCCCCCUCCUCCCAACAACGCCCACCCCAUGUUUGUUUUCCACACUCACUCUGCCGGCUGUCUUGGCCCACUUGAACUCCCCACCCAGCCCUUAAAACCAAGGUCAGAGCUGCUGUGCAGCCAGAGUCCUGGGCCGAGGAGAAAGAAAUAAAGACCAUGGCACCUGCUCCCUCCCACCCCACCAGGGACUCUCCCAGUGCAGAGAAUAUCACAGUCAAUAAAUGCACACUAAUGUGUCUCUGUUCUCAUCCAA